GGAUCGGCGGAGACUUCAAGAUAUCAAAACCGAACAAACGGACGGCCGACCGAACGGUGAACGGGCAGCGGGUCGAGCGAAACUUGAAGAACGCGCGGCGCAGCGAACGGCGGUAGGAAACUAAACGAACGAGUCAUGGGCCGUGAAACGAAACAACGCCAAGAUCACUCACGUGAAUCCGAUCGCUCAACUCACAGUGGGGGGUGGGAACUCUUCACUUCACCAACUAUCGCGCGCUCUUUCUAACUAACUAACGGUAAUGACAGGAGUAUAUAUCAACGGCAGAAACGACGAAGUCCAAAUCCCCUAGGUACGUCUCCUACGCAUGAGCAACCAAGAAAAGCUAACAAAGAAAAGACAAACCCCGGCUCCCCAGCCCCCGGGCCCUCCCCACGGCCCUCGGCUUUCCUUCGUGCCUUCCUUCCCUUGGAUGCGCUUCUCCGACACUCCCCCACAUUUCCGUGAUCGAAGCGCUUUCCCACAAAAUCCAAACUGCGCGGGCGGAAGCUUAUGCGCCCCAACCCAUAAAAACCAUAUCAUGCCCAAAAUCCAAGCGCGCUCCCGAACAAACAAACCAUCGUGCGAGAGCAUGCCCAGCCGCACCUCAUCAUUUCUGACAGCUUUUUGGCCGUGAGAUCGGCUCUCGUUCUACCAGCACCAGUACCCUACUCCAGUUUUGUCGCGAGCAGCCGAACGGCACUCAGUGCCGGACAUUAUCUACAAACGAGAUGGAGGGGAGGAGGGGGGCGUGUUGCAUCCUUUCCCAUUCCCCUUUUUCCUGCCACAAUUAUAGCUUCCUUCGUAUGGUGUUCCGCACUGGGCUCUGACCGGGCAUUGGGAGGCCUGAGAGAUCGUAAUCCCCGCAGCGUGGCAGGGUAAACUCGGCCCUGCCAGCGACAUUACCGGUCGAACAAUACUGUACCAUUCUUAUUUACAAAAAUUGAAAUCAUGCCCUCUGAUAAAUU